ACUCGGCUUCCGGUCGCGAAGGGGGCGUGGCCUCCACUGGAUUGCAGCGAGGCUCGGAUGGCGAGGCGCGGGAGCGGCUGCUCUUCCCGGGCUCCGCAUGGCGUCGGCGAAGGUUCCUUCCGAAGCAACCGCGGAGCUGCGUUUGCAACAGGCCCGGACCUUCAAGGAAGAAGGGAACCGCUAUUACAAAGAAGGCCGUUUCAGGGACGCCGUGAGCCGCUACCACUGGGCCUUGUUGCAGAUUAAAGGCCUGGAUCCCAGCAGGCCUUCCCCUCUGCAGGAAUUUAUCGCCGAGAAGCCUGCUAUGACCCCCGAACAGGAGAAGCUACUGUACAGCACCCAGUGCGAUUGCUACAAUAAUCUUGCUGCUUGCCUCCUUCAGAUGCAACCUGUGAAUUAUGAUCGUGUCAAAGACUACAGCCUCAAAGUUUUAGAAAGACAAGCAGACAAUGCCAAGGCACUCUACCGGGCCGGAGUGGCAUUUUACCACCUGGGGGAUUAUGACAAAGCACAGCACUACCUUUUAUCAGCAACCAGCAGGCAGCCCAAAGAUGCGAAUGUCAAGCACUAUCUGCAACUGACUGAGUCACAGCUGAGCAGCUAUCUUCAGAAAGAAAAACAGCUAUACAUGGGAAUGUUCGGAUAGAGUCAUCACUGGAAACCCCCAGAUGCUGCAGACCGUGCGUUUCUGUUUUUCUGUGGGCCACAUGCAGGCGAUUGAUUCUGGAAGGAUCGGAUAUGUAGUGCCUUGAAAAAUGCUAAUAGCCAACCCAGCUAGGAAAAAAGCAUCAGCAGAUCGUCCUCGACUAAUUUCCGCCGCCUUGGGGGAAAUCUACAGCGGACAG